AUGAUUGCGGUGCAGUUGAUAAUUGUCGCGGGAAUAAUUCUUUGGAUCCGCUUCCUGUGGAAUAGACGAAAACUAUAUAUGCUGAUGUGGAAGUUGCCGGGAUCCAUGGGACUCCCAUUUAUCGGAAUCGCUGCAAAUUACUUUCUAUUCUAUAAACGUAAAAUGAGUAUACGAACGAAGUACAUGGACAAGAAUGGAUCAACCAUUUUAACCUGGAUGGGUACAUUGCCAAUUAUAAUGACACGGGAUCCAAAAGUGGCUGAGGAUGUGUACAUGGCACCUCUAUGCAUCAACAGAAACUUGCAUUCUACAAAAGCAAUGGCUCUUUGCAUGGGAUCAGGACUUGUGACACUUCAGGGGGACAAGUGGCUUGAGCGGCGCAAGCAGAUGACUCCCGCGUUCAAACACAAUGUUUUGAUCAGCUUUCUUCCCAUUUUUAAUGCCGAAACAAAAACUUUGGUGGCUUUAUUGGACUCCUAUGUGGAUCAGGGCGAAAAGUAUAUUCUCCCAGACUUGACCAGAUGGUCGUUUAGAAUUUCUACUCAAACCACUGUGGGAACCGAUGUAAAGGAAGAUGAACACUUCAACAACGAUUUAAUCUUGGAAAGCUACCAGUCACUUUUAAGACUCACCACACUCAAUGUUUUGAUACCCUUCCUUCAAAUCAAAAUAAUUUCAAAGCUGCUUGGUUAUGAAAAGCAAAGACAAAAAGACGUUUCUAAUGUUUAUCAAAUGUUCGACAAAAUACUUGACAAAAAGCUAAACUCAAGAACAGAAAUCGAUUGGAAACCUGAGCUCAAAACUGUCAUCAACCGGACCAUCGAACUCUUUCGAAAUGGGGGAAUUCCCUUUGAAGAAGUAAAAGGCGAAUGUAUGAGUAUGGUUGUCGCUGCAUUUGAGACAACUGCUGAGACAGUUUUCCACACUCUCGUUUUGCUGGCCAUGUUUCCCAAGUUCCAGGAUAUGGUCUUCCACGAGCUCAAGGAACUCUUCCCAUCGACUGGAGAUUUCGAAGUUACCUACGAGGAUCUACUAAAAAUGGAUUACUUGGAGCGCGUUGUAAACGAGACCUUGCGAUUGAUUCCUUCCCUUCCGAUGGUAUCAAGGGAGACAACAGACGAUCUGCUUCUAUCGAACGGAGUUAUCAUCCCCAAAGGAGUAACAAUUUUAAUCGACAUAUUCAACAUUCACCGGAACACAGAUGUCUGGGGUCCAGAAGCUGCGGUCUUUAAUCCUGACAACUUUCUACCGGACAGAAUUCGCGAUAAACAUCCAUUUGCAUUUAUUCCCUUUUCAAAGGGAAAGAGAAAUUGCAUAGGCUGGAAAUAUGGAAUGAUGUCUACAAAGCUGGCUUUGACCAAGAUACUACGGAACUUCGAAGUAAGCACUACCUUUCGCUAUGAGGAUCUGGAAUUCGUUGACACCUUGAUCAUGAAGUUGGCUCAAUCACCACCAUUGUCUUUUCAACGUCGGAAAUCAUAG